UUUUCAAUUGCUUCCCUCCCGUUUGGGGCCCUGGGAUGUCAGUUCCACCCCCCAUGACAACGCCACAUGUCUUGACAUGUUCCUAUCAUGUCACAUGUCCGAACUUCAGGUCAUGUGUAAAAAACAGUCUGUGGUAGAAGCACGUUUCAAAAACCUGACUACGUUAAAUGCAGCGUUCGUUGACUUUAUUUUGAAGCUCCUCACCGGAAGUCGAGGGUGUGUAUACUGGCUGCAGCGUGACGUCAGAGAAGACGGAAACAAUAGCAGGCUGUGUCCGCGCGAGCAUCAAUCAGCUGAUCACAGAUCGGUCAGGAUGUUCCAGAACAAGAAGAGCAGCGCGAGGGCCGCGGUCGACCGUCUGAUCAUCAAAGGAGGAAAGGUUGUGAAUGACGACCAGUCCUUCUACGCUGACGUCUACGUGGAGGAGGGAACCAUCAAACAGAUCGGGGAGAACCUGAUUGUCCCGUCUGAUGUGAGGACGGUGGACGCUUACGGUCAGCUGGUGAUCCCCGGAGGCGUCGACGCCAACACCAACCUCCUCGCUCCACAGAAGGGCCAGAGCCCGACCGACGACUUCUACCAGGGAACUAAAGCCGCAGUGUCCGGGGGGACCACCACCAUCAUCGACCAUGUGCUGGUGGAGCCGGGAACUAGUUUACUGUCAGCGUUUGAUCAGUGGAAGGAGACGGCCGAGCAGAGGGCGUGUUGUGACUUCUCUCUUCACCUGGACAUCACUCGCUGGCACGACGGACUUUAUGAGGAGCUGGAGACGCUUGUCAAAGAUAAAGGUGUGAACUCCUUCCUCUUCUUCAUGACGUACAAAGAUAAAUAUCAGAGCUCCGACUCUCAGCUCUACGAGGCGUUCGGGGUCCUCAGAACUCUCGGAGCCAUUGCCCAGGUCCACGCAGAAAACGGUGACAUCAUCGAUGAGGAACAGAAGAAACUUCUCACUUUCGGCAUCACUGGGCCAGAAGGACACGUUUUAUCUCAACCUGAGGAGGUGGAGACGGAGGCGGUCAAUCGAGCCAUCACCAUCGCCAAACAAGCCAACUGUCCGCUUUAUGUUACCAAGGUGAUGAGCAAAUCUGCAGCAGAUGUCAUCGCAAAAUCCAGAAAGAAAGGUAUAGUGGUUUAUGGGGAACCAAUUACAGCCAGCUUGGCCACUGAUGGCUCUCACUAUUGGUCCAAAGACUGGGCCACAGCUGCUGCCUUUGUCAUGAGCCCGCCCAUCAACCCUGACCCCACAACUCCACAGUACUUGACCUCUCUGCUGGCCUGCGGUGACCUCCAGGUGACCUCCAGUGCUCAUGCCAGUUUCUCUACGGCUCAGAAAGCCAUCGGAAAAGAUAACUUCACUUUGAUUCCAGAGGGAACCAAUGGGAUUGAGGAGAGGAUGUCAGUGGUCUGGGACAGAGCUGUGUCGACAGGGAAGAUGGAUGAAAAUGAGUUUGUUGCAGUUACCAGCACCAACGCAGCUAAACUCUUCAACAUGUACCCAAAAAAAGGACGCAUCGCUGUAGGUUCUGAUGCUGACAUUGUCGUCUGGAACCCGAAGGAGACACAAACUGUUUCUGCAAAGACUCACAACCUGACCGUGGAGGUGAACAUCCUGGAAGGUUUGGAGUUUCGCGGCGUGGCGUCUGCGGUGAUCAGUGGAGGUCGAGUUGUUCUUGAGGAUGGAAAACUUAAUGUGACCGAAGGUUCUGGACGCUUCGUCCCCAGGAAGGCUUUCCCUGACUUUGUUUACAAGAGGAUCAGAGCCCGCAGCAAGAUGGCAGAGGCUCGCGGUGUUCCCCGUGGAAGCUAUGAUGGUCCUGUCCAUGAUGUCAUCAGCAUGACUAAAUCUGUCCCGCACACUCCGUCCAGCAGAGGGCCCACCGGUCCAAAACCCCAGGCUGGCCCCCGAAACCUCCACCAGUCAGGAUUCACACUAUCUGGUGCUCAGAUUGAUGACCACAUACCUCGUCGCUCUGCUCAGAGGAUUGUGGCGCCUCCUGGUGGACGAUCCAACAUCACAUCUUUAUCUUGAAACAACAACAACACUUACUGCAAGAUACAACUAGACCUACUGCAACCUGACAAAUCUUACAACUGGGCCUCAGUGACAUCGGUUCUCUGAAGUGCCACCUGCUUGCCCGGCCACGCACUUCAGUUUACCUAUAAAACACCUAUGUUGAUGUGGAACCAGUUGUUAGUACAAUUACUACAAGAACCUAUGAUUAGAGCUUCACCCUACUAAUAGACCCUGCAACUAGUACUACACUAUAACAAAAAAUACUACAAUCUUCAACCAGUACUACACCCUACUACUAAAACCAUACAUUACAGCUAGUACUAAUUCUGACAAUGAUUUAUACAACCUACAACUAGUACUACACCUUGCAAGUAGUACAACACCCUACAACAAAUACUACAAUUGACUGUUUGAACUACAGUCUACAGCUAGUACUAUAUCAUACAACUAGUACUACACCCUAAUCCUUCAAACAGAACUUUGUGUUUUUCGAUACAUGUCUUAAAAUGAGAACUCUAAAAAGCUUCCUCUCAUCUUGGGUUAGAGUUAGACAGUAACUGUAAUAUUAGUAUAAGUAACGUUAUUAUUAGAAGUCAAAACCAUGAAUAUUCCUGAACAUUCUUUUUUAGUUUAUUUAACUUCAUCUUCAGAAAAAUCCUCAGAACAGUUUCACGUUGUGGAUUUAUAAUUUCAUUCUUGUUUAUUAUUAUUAAAGUGUGAUACUCUGUAAGCUGCAGUGGCUGUUUCUCCAGAUGUUUCAGAAUGUUUCAGACUAAUUUCUGUUGUUUUAGUUUCAUUAUUUCACUGUGAGACUUUUAGAAUCCUCUGUGGUGGCCUCCUCAGUCCUGUCAGUGUCUCUACUGGGUGGAUUGACUCCAGGUUCUUUGUCCCAACAGGGUGAACCCAGUACAUAUGUAUUUUAUUGAACUGAUUAGUUUUAAUUGCAUUAGACAUCAUGUGACUGUAAAUGGUGCUAAUUAAUCCAUUGAUACUCGCCACUGUCAAUAGAAAUCUCUUCUAGGCCACACCCCUUUAUUAUUAAAACGUGACAUAAUAUAAUGACUCCACCCCCAGAAGAAUCCAAAACAAACUAAUAUUCUCACCCCCCCACAAUCCACACUUUUUAACUGUGGUUGAAGUAACCAAUGUAACUAUUGACUGCAGACCAUUGCUAUUGUUCGAUGUUGACCUCUGCACCCGAACCUACUUCUUUGACCUCUGAAGGGAUUUUUUUUACAGUGUUUUUGAUUUGUUUAAUACUUCAUUUUAUAACAUGAUCAUUUUGUAAUUUUCUACAGUGUUUAUAUCCUGCAGCUUUAGCAUCAGUGAACAACCUUUCUGUAAAUCCUGUUCUUCUUUCCAGGAGAUGUUCAGACAGAUGUUUGAACACGAGAACAUCUGGAUUAGAGAUGAAACAUGGGAACAGCUGGAUUACAGAUGUGGCUCCAACACGGCGGAUGUCUUCCUGCAGGCUGAUGUUUUUCUGUCCUCACAGAAACACUGAAGCCAACAUGGAAAACACACGCACUCUUUAAACUGAUCAUGUGCUUAUAUGUGUUGUUGUGUAUGUAAAGAGGAGUUACUAUGGUGACUGCUCUGUAUCUAUUGUGUAGUGAUUGUGAAACGACUUCCAUUUGUGAUGAGAGUUGCAUGAAUAAAGGAGAGAAAAACC